UGUCAAUAUGGAAGAAAGUGUUGAUGAGGAAACAGAAUUCUCUAUUUUCUUUCCCCAGUUUUCGAGCGAUGCAAUAAAAUGCUGGCGUGAAAAAAGAUGCAGAAAACUAGCAUAUUUAGGAGAAACAGUUAAACUUCUUUUGAUAGCAAAAUACAGAGGUGAAUCGUUGCAAGAGAGCAGUUUAGUUGAGUGGAAAGAGAGGCUGCUGAAACUUCACAUCAGUUGCAGGCCUGCUGGAGUUGAGUUUGACAGGAGACAUGAAUCUCAGUUUUAUUUUGAGGAAAUUGCAGAAGAGACUGAAAGGAAACCUGCUGAUUAUGUUGAAUGUGAUCUUGUAGCCAACAGUCGAGAAACCGACAAGUCUAAGAAUGACAGUUCAACACCUAGUCGCACCAAGAGUUCAGAGAAGCCAAAGAUUGUUGACAGUGAGACGAUAAUCUUUCUGCAAAAUGUCAACCUGGACAACCUGUCCCCAUCCUGCACCAAGGCAGACCUCACAACCUGGGUGUGGAGUCUGCCCUCAGAGAAUCCAGACCACAAAGCAAUGGGAUACCUGGAGGCAUUUGUAAAAUAUGGAAAAGACGAGGUGCUAAAGUAUAGAGGGCGUGUGAUUUCUCAGACGGUGACUGCCAGUUUGCCAAUUCUUCCUACACCCAAUGUGAAAUCCCGCCAUUUUUGUGUUGGUGAUAAACAAUUCAUGUCUCUAAAAGCUACUAAUUGCCUUGACAAGAACAUUGUCCUACAAACUGCCAAAGUCUUCCCAGAUUUCAAUGACACAUUUCUGCCUCCGAAACCAGAAGAAGAUGACACUGAUGUCAUCAGUAGUCCUUGUGAUGAUGAAAGCUCAGAAAGUGAAGAAAUCCAUGGCAAUCUCGUGACAAGGUUUCCGUCUGAAUCGGGAGAUUUUCCGGUGACCCUGACCCCAGAAGAGGAACAUGCAGUGCUGUUUGAAAUCAGGUUGAAGAAUGAGAUGGACAUUGAGAAGUUUUUGGAUCAGGAAGUGCAUUUUAUUGGACUCCUGACGUGGAAGAUGGCAGACAAUCAGAGCGAUCCCAUUAUUUCUCAUUACAAGCUGCCUGGUAUUGCCAUCCAUAAACCAUCCUUCAUUCUGACGGCCAGCCCAACACAUGACGUUAACGUGGGGAAGAGUUUUACUGUCAAGUAUACGAUACACAACAACCUCCAUGACUUCAUGUCGAUUAAGAUGAUGUGGAAACCAGAGAAGACUUUGGCUGAUAAAAAAUAUAAAAAUUAUAUUGAGAAGAAGAACAUAGAAAAUGUGAUAAAUUCUGUCAUAUGUCAGGAACCGUGCCAAUCCGUGGGGUCUUGUAAGACUGGCUCAACUGUUACUAUAACCGUGGGCUUCCAGAUCCUUAAAGCAGGACUUUAUGAGUUGUGCCAACACAUGAGAUUAAACCUUCAAUAUGCAAUUAGCACCGUGAUGGGUGAAAAAGAACCGAAGAAGAGUACCAUUGCCUCGACUCUCAGCACUGCUUCCUUGAAGGGUCUCAUACGACGACCCUCAUUGAUCCUCCGGGCAAAUUCGACGGAAGAUACUGAGAAGAGGACGCAGCAUCUGACGGUGAUGAACCAGGGUUCGGCAGCUAGUACUCCUUCACCUUCAAGGUCUCCAAGUAACCAGCAGCUCUCUGGUGUUGUAAGAAGUGGGGAUCGCUCCGAGCAAAUCACUAUCUCUCCAAAACAGGUGCUCAAGAGAAACUGCCAAGUUUACUUAAUAUGAGACUAUGGACAAAAUCUUUCCGAGAAUCGUUUUGUCAUUCUCAAAGUUUGGACAGCUCCCUCUGGAGGACACAUCUCAGUUUGCCUAUUUCCUCAGAGAAGUGGGACUACUGCUCAGGUAUUGGCCAAUCACAAGUCCUGUAAGCUCCCAUGGGCAUGCUUUUGAGCCGACCAGAUAUGAUAGGUGUCUUCUAAUAGGCCAAUCAGAGGUUCUGAAACCCUGCUUCAGGAAAGUAUCAAAUAAAGGCAAACCACUCGUUAUACAGACAACUGCUGGAAUAAGGAAGAAGUAUAUGUAAAGUAAUAUGUAUGUGUAAUUUACAUCAUUCAUGGUUUAGCAAUGUUAGUUGAGUUUGAAUACCUCACUUUUUUAGCAGGUCGCAAUUUUCCUGCAGUGCAUUUAGACAUUUAUGUUAACACCUUCAGCGCCGAACCACGUAGAUCUACGUGGCCCAAAUCCCCCCUCCCCUUUGAGCUGGUUAUCGGAGUCUCAUGGACUUCAUGAAAGAACUACGCCAUCGCCAUCUUCAGGGCAAGGGAGGAACUGA